UUUGCGCUUCCAUACCAUCUGUCGCGGGUGCAGCACAGAAAGUGACGCCAUAGGGCAUUCUGACGGGUAGGGAAAUGUGACACCACACCGGAUGUGAGGUGGACCAGGAAGUGAAGUGUGGAGGUUCUGACGGGGAGAAAUCCCUACUGUGCUCGACAUGACGAAUGCAUACUCCCUGGACGGGCUCCUGGUCUUUGCUCUGCUCUUUGUUUGCACCUGUGCGUAUUUUAGGAAAGUGCCACGUUUGCGCACUUGGCUCCUGUCUGAGAAGAAGGGUGUGUGGGGAGUCUUCUACAAGGCUGCAGUUAUUGGUUCUCGUCUACAUUUGGCUGUUGCCCUUUCCUGCUUUACAAUGGCAUUUUAUGUCCUGUUUAUAAAGUGACCUUCGUUCGCUUCUUCAAAAUUUGGGUACAGGAUGAAAAACAGCCUAGAAUCAGAAUGGGACUCAUUAUUGCCUUUCAAUGGCUGGAAAUGAGGAGUUUGGACUGUGCUAGCUCCACCUUUUUGCAGUAGCAAGAAUGAUACAAUGUUACACCAUUGUGAUUUUUUUUUUUUUUUUUUUUUACCUCCCUCUCUUCCUCUGUAUUUAAACUCCGUUUUUAAAACAACUGAUGUUCAGUUGGGCAAUAUGGGGAAGAAUAGGCUUACUACUACUAUGGUUAAUGGAGCUUUUUGGCUUUGCAAUCUUAUAUAAUUUCCUGAACAGCUUCAGACUUAAAGUACAGAUCCAUGAACAUGAUAUAACGUAAAAUCCACUUUAUAUAAAAACAAUAUUUAUUUAA